AUGCUUUCAGUGCCGUGCGCUCUGGCUGCUCUGCCCGGAGGCGACUGCAUCGAGCCGUGCGUGCGCGAAAUGCAGAGUUCUCUGGAACAGACGCCAAUGCUACAGAGUGAGCAACUUGGACAGCUCUCAUUUAGCCAACUCGCCGGUCAUUCGCACGACCGUCAACACACGCAAGAUGCUUUCUCGCAGAUAUGCAGUUUUUGUGAAGAUGCCUUUCUCUGGCUUGAUCUGAAGGCAGUCAUGGCUAUCCAGCUAAAAGUACAGCCAAAAGAAGGAGUCGUUGGUGCUCACGGUACCGAGGUUGGUGCUGCACCAAGUCGUUGGUGCUCACGGUACCGAGGUCCAGCAUCCCAGGCAUACGCGUCAUCGCGACGCCACUGGUGGCCGUCCUUCGGGAAACCACUAAAAACCAGCCGAAAGGUGGACGCAUGUCUCGAGCUGUGCGAGAAGACGUCCGAAUCUUCUUCGCGAGUACGUCAAACUUACGCCGGUAUCCGAUUCAUUUGCGUUGAUCACGAGAAAGAAUGUGAAGGAUAA